AUGGCGGCAUUAGUGUCAACACCAUACGAUAUACUUGGAGUAAAACAAACUGAUAAAGCUCAUUGUUUUCCGAAAGCAUAUCGUACACGAAUUCGUGAAUACAAACAAGAUCGACUUCGGACAUCUGGAAAGCGUAAAAUUACACCUGAAACAUUUCGACUCAUUUGUCGCGCUUAUGAAACAUUAUCUGAUCAUGAUAAACGUAAAAAAUAUGAUCAAGAUGGCGAAUGGAUAAGAAAUAUACCUCUAGAAAAUUAUACAUUACAACAAUUAGCUGCUGAACCUGAACUUGUAACAGACUUAAAAAAUCGUUUACAACAUGUAACAUUAAGAAACAUAAAUGCACAAGAUCCACAAACAGGACACACAGCACUCUAUUGUGCAGCGCGUACUUGUAAUCUAGAAGCUGUCUAUUAUUUAAUAGAACAAGGAGCUGAACCUGAUCUACCACAGAGAACAGGAAGUACAGCUCUACAUGUAGGUGCUUUUUAUGGACAUUCAGAAAUAGUUCGUUGUUUAUUGGAAUGUGGAGCUGAUUAUCGAAAAAAAAAUUCUGAGAAUAAUACAGCCGAAAGUGAAUCUUUGGAUACCGAUGUAAUAAAAACGUUUACCGAAUUGAAAACAACACCUUUUGUACAAACAGCUGCAAAUCAACUUGAAUGGUUUAAGGAUAAUAUAAGUAAUAUAACACAGCAUAUUGAUGAACAAUAUCAUUUACAAAGACAAACAUUACUGCAUUGCGCUAGUAAGAAAGGUUAUAUUGAUCUUGUUCGUUGGUUAGUCGAAGAACGCUCAGCUAAUCUAGAUAUUGUUGAUAUUAAUUUAAAUUCACCUUUACAUCUUGCUGCAUAUGGUGGUCAUAAAUCAGUUGUAGAAUAUCUCAUUAAUCAAGGUGCUAAUCCACUUUUACUUAACAAAUGGUGUAUGACAGCUGAACAAGAAGGUUUUAUUCAUGGAAAAAGUAUUACGAAUCUAUUUCAAUCGAUGCGUGAACGAAAUAUGUUUGAAAUGGCUGCUAAUGGUAUCGAUUGGUGGUUUGAAUAUUAUUUUGGUAAUAAAUCACCGAAUAUAGUGAAUGAUAAUGGUAUUAAUUUAUUGUAUGUUGCAUGUCGUCAUGGUCGAACAUCGGUUGCGAAAUGGCUUUUAGAAAGAGGAGCUAAUAUUAAUAUUAAACUUUCAAGAGACUCAGAAAGUACACCAUUACAUGGUGCUGUCUAUCAUGGACAUGUUUCAACAGUUGAUUUAUUACUAAGUCAUGGAGCUGAUAUAAAUAUAAAAAAUAAAUUUGGUUCGACUCCUAUUGAUGAAUCGCGAGCGGAUGAAAUAAAACAACGUUUAAAACAAUAUCAAGCUAAUUUAGAAGGAAAUAGAUUUUUUUCGGUACAUUUAUAUGGUGAUGGUAAAAAAUCUGGUAAUGAACCAUUAGCAAAACUACAAUUAAGUUGUGAUGCUUCAUAUAAUGAUCUUGUACAUGCAAUGCCUGAUGCAAUACGAAAUAAAUAUUCAAAUUUUUCUAUCGCUCGACGUCCAUUAAAUUUUGACCAAGAUGAUACAACAGUUCUAUCAGCUGUAUGUCGUGCUCGAUAUGGAAAAACGAAAUUUGUCCAAUUACCACUAUGUAUAACAGCACAUGAAAAAGCUCGCUAUACUCAUAGUGGUCAUAUUUUUCGUAACGAACUUCCUAAUUAUUCCAUGCGCGAUGUUCAUCGUAAAUUUGUUUCAAAAUGCCGAAGUUCAUCAAUGAAAAUUCUUGGUCAAUUCACUGACAAUCAAAAAUUUACAUUUGAAGGUUUAUCGUUUACAUUUCCAAAUAAUUGUGCUAAUGAAAAUCUUUCCAUUGAUAUUGAUUAUAUAAUAUCAUCAGAUUUUGAUUUAUUCAAUUUACCCGAAUGUAUUUGUCUUUUUAAAACAAAAUAUCAUAAUGGAAAUGCUAAAUUAAAUGAUAUGCCAACGGUAUCAUUUACUGAUGAACCAAAUGCUCUAUUAUAUAAUUGGGUACAACCAUCAUCUUAUUGGUUUUCUUACCGAAUAGGACAAACACGUUUAGUUUCAAUUGGUGAAACGCAUGCUUUUAUUCGUCAUAUUGAUAUUAUUCCUUCUCUAUUAAGACUUCCACCAGAUAUGUUUAUUCCAACUGCUGCUGGAAAACCAUUUGAAAUUCGUAGUAAGCCUAUUUCUUGUUACUCUUUAAAAAUUCUUGAACACAAUAAAAAAGACUUUCCUCAUAUUGCUUAUCAUGGAACAAAUAUAAAAGCUAUAGAAUCAAUUCUUAUGGAUGGACUUGUUAUGCCAAGUACGGUAGUCUCAAUUGGAUUACGUAUUUGUCCGCCAAGCAAUCAUAUUGCCCGAGGAACAUCAGCUUUUGGUGUUGAUGAUUUUUCAAAUGGAAUAUUUGUAACACCAAGUAUACAUUAUUGUUCAGAUCCAGCAUAUGCAGUCACAUUUACAUAUGAAGAUGAAUGCCUCAUACCUGUGUUGGAAUGUAGUGUAAAGAAUAAUUCAUUUAAGGCUUUUAAAAGUACUGUGCCCAGUUAUGUUGCUCAUCAAGAUGAUGAUAUCAACGCUAUCGAAUGGCGUCUGACAAAUCCAGCAGACAUUGAAAUCAUAUCUGUACUCUUUAUUCGUCUGAUAACAUCAAAAAAUGAAGCAGCGCGAUUGAGAGCUGAGAAACUUGGUGUUGAUCCAACCAGUGUUAUAUAA